AUAAAGUCCUGCGAUGAAGCGAGCGCACGACGACGAGGACGGGCGCCGGGCCAGCGCAUGGACCGGCUGGACGCGCGUGCUAAAGCAUGUCCCGCUGCUAAGCUCCUUCCUAGGCGACGAGCAUGAGCCCGCGCCGGCGCCGCCCACGCCGACGCGCCGCCCCAAGUCGCCGCUCAAGACGACGCCGCUCUCGCCGGCGCGCCGGUCGGGCUUCACGUUCGCCCGCAUUGGCCUCAGCGACGACCAGCCCGAGACCGAGACCAAGGCCGAGCCGGUCUUUGAGUUUACGCGCAAGACCAAGACGCCACCCAAGAAGGCCCGCAAGGUGCUCGACUCGAGCGUGCACGACCAAGGCAACGACGACGAGCAGUAUGUGCCCGGCACGUACUCGGAGCCUGUCGUGCGGUACGCGCGCGCGCGCACGGACGAGCCGCUCGUGCCGAUCAACUUGUUUGAAGAACGGCCGGCCAAGCAGGCCAAGCUCUCGCGCGGCGCGUUGAUCAAGUCGUAUGCCCUUUCUCGCGAAGAGCGCCGCCUGAAGCGCCCGGCGCCGAGCCGCCUCCUCGCAGCGCAGUCGAUGGACGAGCGCCAAGAGCACGCCAAGGCCGUCACGGACCGCAUCCUCGCGACGCUCCAGGCCCUCGAGUCGGACCCGCUCGCGCAAGAGGCCAAGAAGCCGCUCCCGAGCAUGAGCAUGUCGUGGAAGAAGUACCAUCUCGAAGUCCAAGAUAACACGGCGACGACGAACGACGUGGAUAUGUCGAGUAAGAGCCCCAAGACCGCGUUCCCGACGCAGAGCCUGCCCAUCUUUGCUCCGCAGCCGCCGGUCGUCCAGCCGCCGACGUCCGUGGCGCCGCCGCCCGUGCUCACGACCGUGACCGUUGCCUCGACGCCUGCUCCGUCGGCGACGCCGGCUCCGGCGGUCUUUGUUGCGCCCAAGCCGGCGACUACCAGCGUGCGCAAGGCCACCGGCAACGUGUUUGCUUUUGGCCUUCCGCCCAAGGACACGGAGUUUACGUCAAAGGAGUCGCUCCUCAACGUACCUGUCGCGUACGCCUUCUCCAAGCCGCCGUCGAUGAAGGUCGCCCCCGUGAAGGCGCUCACGUCGCAGAAGCCGGCCGUGCAGCCCGUGCAGGUCGUGCCCACGGCGGCCCCGGUCACGUCGCCGCCGACGUUCUCGAAGUCGACGGCACCUACAACGACGAGCACCGGCUCCAACCCGCUCGACAAGUUUAAGCAGUCGGCGCCCGGCGGCUGGAAGUGCCCGUCGUGCUACGUCGCCAACAAGGACACGCAGGUCAAGUGCCCGUGCUGCAACACGGACAAGCCGUCGGCUGCGCCCGUGGUCGCUGCCCCUGUCGCUCCGUCGAUUACUGCACCCGUGGCGUCGACGUCGGCGCCGGCGCCGGCCAUGGACAGCAGCAACCCGCUGGCGCGCUUCUUGGUCCAAGCGCCCGGGACGUGGCAGUGCCCGGGAUGCAAGGUGCACAACAAGGCGGCGCAGGCCAAGUGCCCGUGCUGCAACACGGACAAGUCGACGGCCGAGCCUGCCCCGGUGGUCACCAGCGAGCCGGAGUCGAAGAAGAAGCGCAAGGCCUCGGACGACAGCAACAGCGCGCCUGCCAAGACGACGUUUGCAUUCACGGUACCGACGACCGAUGCCUCGGCGCCGGUUGAUGUCACCGACAAGCCGCUUCCGACCUUUGGCUUUAGCGCGCCGGCGGCCAAGACUGCGGACGCACCGUCGGCUGGCUUUUCCUUUGGCAUCUCGUCGACCGACAAGCCGACCGACAAGCCUGCUGCGGGCUUCAGCUUCAGCGCUCCCGCGGCCGACAAGCCGACCGACAAGCCCGCCGCCGGCUUCAGCUUCAGCGCUCCCGCGUCGGAGAAGCCGACCGACAAGCCCGCCGCCGGCUUCAGCUUCAGCGCUCCCGCGUCGGAGAAGCCGACCGACAAGCCAGCUACGGGCUUUGGCUUCAGCGCUGCGACGACCGACAAGCCAGCUACGGGCUUUGGCUUCAGCGCUGCGACGACCGACAAGGCAGCGGACAAGCCUGCUGUAAGCUUGGGCUUUGGCGCGUCGACGGCCGAGAAGCCAUCGACGGGCUUUGGCUUUGGUGCCUCGUCGCCUGCGGACAAGCCGGCGGAGAAGUCCGCGACGGGCUUUUCGUUUGGUGCUGCCGACAAGCCGGCGGACAAGCCUGCUUUGGGCUUCGGCUUUGGUGCCACCACGUCGGCCGCCAAGCCGGAUGAGAAGAAGACGGCAAUGAGCUUUGGCUUUGGUGUCGACAAGCCCGCGGAUGCCGCCGCCAAGCCGGUGGAGGCGGACAAGCCCGCAGAGAAGGCGACCAUGUCGUUUGGUGCAUUUGGCGCGACGGCCGACAAGGCGACGACCAGUUUUGGCUUUGGCGCGGCGACGCCCAAGGACAUGACCGAGACGCCUGCGGCCCCAGCACUCUCGUUUGGCACGGCGUCCUCUGCGCCGCCUGCCGACAAGGCGCUUUCGUUCGGUACCGACAAGCCCACGACGUCGCCAUCCUUUACGUUUGGCGCCAACAAGACAACGGCAGAGGCACCUGCCCCGUCGACGUCGUUCAACUUUGGCGCGUCCAAGCCGACCGACUCGUUGGGUGCAUUUGGCGCGACGGCCGACAAGCCGGUGACCGCAUUUGGCGACAAGCCCACGUUUACGUUUGGCGGUGCGUCGACCGAGAAGCCUGCGUUCAGCACGCCGGCGACGACGGAAGCGACUCGCAACGCGACCUCGUUUGGCUUUGGCAGCAGCGCCCCAAGCGCCACGACGACCUUUGGCGCGCCGUCGUCGGCUUCGGCCUUUGCGUCGCCGUCGCCCACGACCGCCUUUGGCGCUGCACCACCGGCGGCGUUCAACCCCACUGCCUUUGGUGCUGCACCGGCCGCGACGCCGGCGUUCGGUGCCCCAACGGCGUCAACGGGCUUUGGCUCGUCCUCGGCGUUUGGCAGCAGUGCUCCUGCACCUGCCUUUAACGCUGCGCCGAGCUUUGGCGCCCCUGCUCCUGCAGCGGGUGCUGGCUUUGGCGCGGCGCCGGCUCCCUCGGCUUUUGGCGCCCCGACGGCGUUCGGUGGCAACAACAACAGUGGCUUUGGCGCGCCGGCGGCCUCUGCAUUCGGCGGGGCCCCGGCGUUUGGUGCGCCAGCGGCCAAUGCUUUCGGUGCUGCUCCUGCGGCUCCGUUUGGCGGCGGCUUCAACGCAGCGCCUCCUGCUGCUGCGGGGGGUUUCUCGAUGGGCCAAGCGCCGCCCAAGCAAGGCGGCGGCCCGCGUCGUAUUGUGCGGGCGCGCUCGGUACGCAAGUAGGUAAAACAAGUAAUAUUAAUAUAACACGCAGCGGGGUUUGCCCUGUCCUCGGUACGA